AGUGAAUUCAUUAUGAAUUUCUACCAACAUGCAGGUCGCAUUCUUGACAAACUAGCAAGACAUGAAGGAACUAUUAAAGGAUUAGUCAUUGGCGAUCCGAAAGUAUGGGAUAAAAAAAAGAUGUAUGCUCUUGUUUGUGAAACUUUAAAAUAUAAACAAGUUUUAAAUGAAAUCAUUGAUGCUACUAAAAUUUGUGAAAUUGAAAAAAGGUUAAAACGAUCACUCGCACUUGUUUUAAUACAUGAUUUAUUAUUUACUAAACGAGGCAUCACUGUCCGUAACGAUGUGCCUUUAAAGCAAUGCGUAAUGCGCCAUCAAAGCCGACUAAAAGCUGAACUAAUUAAAAUCAAGGUCAAAAGAGGCGUACUUUCUAAUGAUGACUUAGUAAGUGAAAAAGUAAAAAAUGCAGUGCUUAUUCCAAGAUAUGUUCGAGUGAAUGAGCAUAAAUUAUCUGUAGAGAAAGCAGUUCAAACAUUCCAAAAGGAAGGCUAUGUGCUAAUUAAUUAUCCAGAGAAACUUGAUAUAUUAAAGCCAAAAGAAUUUUGUGUUGAUGCUCAUCUUCAUGACAUGCUUAUAUUUCACCCCAAGACAGAUUUUCAUGCACAUCCUCUCUAUGUUUCAGGACACAUUAUAUUACAAGAUAAAGCAUCUUGUUUCCCUGCACAUGUCUGUCAGGUACCACAAGGAGCGCAUGCCAUUGAUGCCUGCGCUGCACCAGGUAAUAAGACAUCUCAUCUUUCUGCUUUAAUGAAAAAUACAGGCAAGAUUUGGGCUUUUGAUCUUGAUGCUCGACGUUUGGGAUUAUUAAAAAAAUUAACAACUAAAGCUGGAUGUAAAAAUAUUACACCUGUUCAUGGUUCCUUUCUUGACGCAGAUCCCCUUGAUACACAAUUUUCUAAUGUUGAAUAUCUUUUAUUGGAUCCUUCUUGUUCUGGAUCAGGCAUUAUUAGUAGAUUAGAUCAUCUUGUAGAUGACAAUGAUGAUGAAAAUGGAGCUAAUACUCAAGAACAAGCAACAACUCAAGAGGAAAGAUUAAAAAACCUCUCAGAAUUUCAAAUCUCAGUUAUUGAACAUGCUAUGAAAUUUCCAAAGGCUAAACGUAUUGUUUACUCUACUUGUUCUAUUCAUCCUGAAGAAAAUGAACAUGUUGUAAAGACAGUGUUAGAAAGACAUCCUGAAUUUGAAUUAGCGCCUCGAGAAAGUGUUUUAUCUACCUGGCAUAGAAGAGGGCUUCCAAAAGAAAUGGAAGGAAAUAAAGAUCUUGCUGAUCGCUUAGUUCGUACAAUUCCUGCAGAAGAUUUAAUAAAUGGAUUUUUUGUAUCCUGUUUUAUUAGAAAAGAAGAUGAUUCGUCAAUAACAAUAGAGCAACAAAAUAAGAGAAAAUCGCCUUUUAUUAAUAAUAAUAAUAACUCAUUAUCAACCAAUAAGAAAAGGAAAAAUAAGAAGAGAAAAACUGCUUUAACACAAUAAAGAAAGAAGUUUACUUUACAAAUGAAUUUUUUUUUUUAGUAUUACUGUACCACCAUCGUACUGUAUAAAGAGAAUAAAAUGGGAUCAUUUUAUUUAUGUAUACACAAAAAUAUAUAUAUACAUUAGUCUUUUAUAAUAAUGUAAUCACUAUAGCAUUGUAUAAGGAGAUAGAAAAGAAUAAAAGUGAAAUAUUAAGUGUCCUUCAAUUAUUUAAAAGACUUGAAUUUAUAAUUUGCAUUUCAGUUUUAUACUACUAAUUUUUUAAAAAUAAA